CAACACCGGGGGCAACACCGGGGGCGGGGAGCGCGCCGCGGGUUCAGGCCUUCAUGUCCGCCGAGUGUUGUUGUUCUGCCCGCCGCCCUGUUGAUCGCCGCGGAGAGCGGAGGAGACGGCUCGCCCCGGCCGCCGGGCCACAGCGGCUUCUUACUGAGUGUCUGGGAGAUGUGAAGUAAGGUUGGCUGGGACUUAAACUGAACUGUCUGUGCAUAAACAAUCUACAACUUCAGGAUGAAUGGGGAUAUGCCUCAUGUUCCCAUUACCACACUUGCUGGGAUUGCUAGCCUCACGGAUUUACUGAAUCAGCUUCCACUUCCCUCUCCACUACCAGCUACCACUACCAAAAGCUUGUUGUUUGGAGGGAGAAUUGCCGAAGAUGUAAACUGCCUCAUGGGCUGUCGAGAUGAGAGUCUUGUCACGCAGUUAGUACAUAGCCUCAGUCAAGUCUCCACAGAUCACAUAGAGCUGAAAGAUAACCUUGGCAGUGAUGAUCCAGAGGGCGAUAUUCCUGUUCUUCUGCAAGCUGUUCUGGCCAGAAAUCCCAAUGUCUUCAGGGAGAAAAGUAUGCAGAACCGAUAUGGAGUGCAGAGUGGUAUCAUGCAGCAACAGAUCAUCCAACAGUACAAAUUACCCCAGAAUUCCAUUCACGGAAGCCCUGCAUCCUCCACAUUUCAGCAGUCCACAAUCUCACACAGUCCUUCCAGUCGGUUUGCGCCACCUCAGUCAAGUUCUACCAACAGAUACAUAACUCAACAGAACAGCCCUGUACCCAGUCCAUAUGCUCCCCAGAGCCCUCCAGGUUACAUCCAAUAUCCACAGCAUCCUCCAAGUUACCCACAGCAUCAGCAAAUACAGCAAGAGUUGCAUGGUUCCCCUCUGGUAUCAGGCCCUACAUAUUCUGGGAGUCCUCAGAGACCUGUGCAACCCUGUCUGAUAGUCCAGACUCAGCCUUCUCCUCAGCAGCAGCAGUCAACCUCCACACUAGCUUCUGUUUCAAGCCCCAUGAUCCCCGGCAGUAUGCGGAAUAUUCACGAUAGUAAAGUGGCAAGUCAGUUGUCGGGCUCUUCAUCCAACCACCAUUCAGAUAAUUCCAGACAUGGAUCAAAUGAGGACUACAUUCAUAUGGUUCAUCGGCUUGGAUCAGAGGAUGGCGAUUCUUCAUUGAGAAAUGCGUCCUUCCCUUUAAGAUCCCCGCAAGCGGUGUGUUCUCCUGCAAGCAGUGAUGGGACUCCAAAAGCAUCCAGGCCACCUCUGAUCUUGCAGUCGCCGCCUCCUUACACCUCACCCAGAGAUGCCCCACCUGAUAUUCUGCUGGACUCCCCAGACAGGAUGGGAAGCAAGAAGAAAAAUAAAAAGGCUAAGCUCACCAAGGAGGAUAAAGAACAGGCAGAUAAGACUGCUAUGUAUGACAUUGUCAGCUCUCCAUCUAAAGACUGUACAAAGCUCACUCUGAGGCUGACUCGUGUUCGAGAUCAGCAGGAUGAUAUGCUUCUAAACAUGGACAGCAGUACAGAGAAUGAGGCAGAAAUGAACAGUAUGCAUCUCCCAGAACAGACUGCAAAGCAGCCAGGGACUCCUAAUGAUAUCCUUGGCUCAGUGAACGUUUCUGGGCAGUGUGUACCUCAACAGGAACAGGCCUUUCUUCAAGCACAGCAGGUCCCUGUCUUACAACAGAACAUUGCAGUUGGAACAGUGAAAACUACACAGUCACAGAUACAGCCAUUGCAACAACCAUCACAACAACAGACUAUGACACCAUACGAUGAGGUAGAAUUGGAUGCUUUAGCAGAGAUUGAACGGAUAGAGCGAGAGUCUGCAAUGGAGAGAGAGAGAUUUUCCAAGGAGGUACAGGAUAAAGAUAAACCCUUAAAGAAACGUAAGCAAGACUCGUUCCCACAAGAGACUGCUGGAGGAGGUGGGAGUGCUGCAAGCAGACCUGCACUCUUGGUUAGUAUAGAUCUGCAACACGCAGGAAGAACUGAUGGGCAAGCGGUGCCCCCUCUAGAUUCAGAUGGAGUGAAGAAAUCUUUGGAGAUUGUACGACAGGCCACUGAGGGAACUUUAAUUUCACGGCAGGAAGAUGCAAUGGUGGGUUUAAAACCGAAGUUGGAAAGUCAUCCGGUGGUUCCCAGGAGGAAAUCUGAAAACGAGGGGCAAAAAGAAGACGGCCAAAAAAAUGACGGCCGACCUGACGUGAUAAAGUCUAGGUCAGAAACACCAAAACAGAAGAAUGAGAACCGGCCAGAGACACCAAAAGUACGGCACGAAAGUAAAAGAGAGGCGUCUAAACCAACUCCUGAAAAAAGACCGGAAAUAUCCAAACACAGACACGAGGGAAAACCUGAUCAUACCAAAACAAAAACCGAGGGUCGAUCUGAAACACAUAAACCACGGCAUGAAGGGCGGCAGAGUUCAGACCCUCUGAAGGAGAAACGAGAGCCACACCAUGAAGCUCAGAAACAGAAACUAGACGAGAAAAAUGAUCCUGAAAGAGGAAAAGUGGAACCAUCAAAGGUCAGGAGAUCAGAGACCCCAAAACUAAGUAAGAGUGAAUCGGAUACUAAACCAUCGCGAAAUGAGCCUGCUAAACAUAAUCGGACAGAGUCAUCUAAAUCAGUGAGAAUGGAAAGGAAAGGGUGUUCUGAUUCUAGUGAUCGAGGCGACAGAAGUGAACGUCGUUCACCAGAAGAGCAGCGGUUGCGAUCUGAAAGUCCUAGAGUUAAACACGAUAGAGGAGAUCCUGGAAAGAUAAAAUCUGAAGCGAAAGAUCGAAUUGCUUUAAAGCAGAGUAGGAGAUCGGACAUUCCAUCAGGAUCUUUGACCAAUAAAGAGAGAGAUGAUCGAAGAUCGGAGGGGAGCAAAGUGAAAUCAGAGACCCCCAAACCUCGGGCUGAUGAUAAAGAAAAGUUUCCGAGUUAUCUGCUGGGGGGAGGAAGGUCUGACGCACUUAAGAACUUUGUAAUCCCAAAAAUUAAGCGGGAUAAGGAUGGCAAUAUUUGCAAUGAACAGAAGGAAUUGAGGAAACCUGUGGAUAAGAAUGAAAUAAAAUUAAAGAUAGACAAAAUGGAUUUAGUGGAGGACUUGAAGAAAGUGAUCAAGCCUGUUGUGGUUCUCCAUAAAUUACCGUUUGAUGAAGUGCAGAAAUUUAUCAAGGACAAUGAAGAAAAAAAUGCAUCAAGAAGUUCCAGCAAAUCGAAGAGCAGACUGCCCUCCAGGCCAAGUAAAGGUGGUAUUGACCAGUCAGUGUUGAAGGAGCUUCCACCUGAUCUCCUUGCAGAGAUUGAAUCCACAAUGCCACUCUGUGAACGAGUGAAGAUGAACAAACGCAAGCGCAGUACGGUAAAGGAAAAGCCAAACUAUGCAGAAAUCAGCUCAGAUGAUGGUGAUAAUGACAGCGACUUUGAAUCAUCUAGGAAAAGGCACAAGAAGGACCGAGUUGCCGACAAAGCGUGGGAGUGUGAGGAGCGUGACCGGCGGGUUCUGAACGAAAUGCGGAAGGGCAAUUCUGUUGAAGGCCGAAGGAGUUCUGGAAGCAGGCAUCGGGAGCGUAGUCCUGGUUCUGAGGAAGAUUCACCCCCUCCUAGUCUUAGUGAUAUUGCCAGAAAGAUGAGAAAAAGAGAAAAAUUAAGGAAAAGGAAAGCAUAUGAACCCAAACUGACUCCUGAAGAAAUGUUGGAUUCGUCAACAUUCAAGCGAUUCAUGGCCACAGUGGAGAAUAUCCUGGAGAACCUGGAGGACAUGGAUUUCACCACUUUGGGUGAAGAUGAUGAGCUACCUCAGGAGUUGCUGCUGGGAAAACAACAGCUUAAUGAACUGAGCAGUGAAUCUGCCAAAAUCAAAGCCAUGGGCAUCAUGGAUCGGCUUCCAACAGAUAAGAUGGUAAAGGUGCUAAGUAUCUUGGAGAAGAACAUACAGGAUGGGUCCAAGCUUUCGACUUUGAUCAACCAUGACAAUGAAACGGAAGAUGAAGAGAAGCUGUGGCGAGAACUCAUCAUGGAGCGAGUAACCAAGUCUGCCGAUGCGUGUCUGACUGCCCUGAACAUCAUGACUUCACCCAACAUGUCAAAAGCUGUAUAUAUUGAUGAUGUGAUUGAGAGGGUGAUCCUAUUCACCAAGUUCCACCUGCAGAACACGCUGUACCCACAGUAUGAUCCCGUUUACAGAAUCGACACCCAUGGAUCAGAAGGUGGCAGUUCGAAAGCCAAACGAGCAAAGUACUCAAGCCAUAAGCAGAGGGUGAUAGUAAUGCUGUACAACAGAGUGUGUGACAUUGUCGCCAACAUGGCCGAACUGCUGGAGAUACAGCUCCUCACUGACACUACAAUCCUUCAGGUUUCCUCUAUGGGGAUCACACCGUUUUUUGUGGAAAACGUCAGUGAGUUGCAGUUAUGCGGUAUCAAGCUAGUGACGGCUGUGUUUUCUAGGUAUGAGAAGCACCGACAGUUGAUACUGGAAGAGAUGUUUGCCUCACUUGCAAAACUCCCAACAAGUAAGAGGAGUUUACGAAAUUUCAGGUUAAACAGCAGUGAUAUGGAUGGCGAACCACUAUUUAUUCAGAUGGUGACGGCCUUGGUCUUGCAGCUGAUCCAAUGCGUUGUGCACCUCCCAGCUAAUGAGAAGGACAAUAUGCUUGAUGACGAUGGAGAAAAGAAGAUUGAUCAAGAUGUUCUAAUUACCAACUCGUAUGAAACAGCAAUGAGAACAGCCCAGAACUUCCUCUCAGUCUUCCUCAAAAAAUGUGGAAGCAAGCAGGGAGAAGAAGAUUACAGACCGCUGUUUGAAAACUUUGUACAAGAUCUGCUCUCCACUGUCAACAAACCUGAGUGGCCAGCAGCAGAAUUGCUACUGAGCCUUUUGGGAAGAUUACUGGUUCACCAGUUCAGUAACAAGUCAACGGAGAUGGCUUUGCGAGUAGCUUCGCUUGAUUACCUGGGAACAGUAGCAGCACGGCUGAGGAAAGACGCUGUGUCCUGCAAAAUGGAUCGGGAGUCAAUCAACCGCAUUCUCAAACAGGUUUCAGGGAUUGAGGAUGAAGUGCAGCAACUGCAAAAAGCAUUGCUGGAUUACCUGGAUGAGAAUACCGAGACUGACCCCUCACUAAUGUUUGCUAGGAAAUUUUACAUUGCACAAUGGUUCCGUGACACUACAAUGGAGACAGAAAAAGCAAUGAAGUCACAGAAUCAGAAGGAUGAUGACUCCUCGGAUGGGGCACAACAUGCCAGGGAGAUCGAGUCCACAGGAGAGAUUAUGCAAAGAGCAGAAAAGCGCAAGAAGUUCCUUCGCUCUGUCAUCAAAACUGCGCCAACACAAUUUAGCACCCUGAGAAUGAACUCUGCUAACGUGGACUAUGAGGAUGCCUGUCUGAUUGUCCGAUACUUGGCCUCUAUGAGGCCGUUUGCACAGAGCUUUGAUAUUUAUUUGACGCAGAUUCUACGUGUUCUAGGAGAGAGUGCGAUUGCUGUACGAACAAAGGCCAUGAAAUGUCUGUCGGAGGUAGUUGCAGUGGACCCCAGCAUUCUUGCAAGGUUGGACAUGCAACGAGGGGUCCAUGGACGCCUGAUGGACAAUUCCACGAGUGUGCGUGAAGCAGCUGUGGAGUUACUGGGUCGUUUUGUGCUGAGUCGACCUCAGCUUACGGAGCAGUAUUAUGACAUGUUGAUCGAAAGGAUACUGGACACUGGUAUCAGUGUAAGGAAGAGGGUGAUCAAGAUUUUGCGUGACAUCUGUAUUGAACAACCAACAUUCUCCAAAGUGACUGAGAUGUGUGUGAGAAUGAUUCGCAGGGUCAAUGAUGAAGAGGGUAUUAAGAAAUUAGUAAAUGAAACAUUCCAGAAACUCUGGUUCACUCCCACGCCUUCUCAUGAUGCUGAAGGAAUGACUCGGAAAAUAUUAAAUGUAACAGAUGUGGUUGCUGCGUGCAGGGAUACUGGGUACGAUUGGUUUGAGCAACUUCUUCAGAACCUGCUGAAGUCUGAGGAAGAUGCCUCGUACAAACCUGUGAGGAAAGCCUGCAUCCAGAUAGUGGAUAACCUGGUUGAACACAUUCUGAAAUACGAGGAGUCAUUGGCAGAUUCGGACAGUAAAGGCAUGAAUACCAACUGUCUGGUGGCAUGCUUAAUCACGUUAUACCUGUUCAGCAAAAUCCAGCCUCAUCUGAUGGUGAAACAUGCAAUGACACUGCAGCCAUAUCUUACCACAAAGUGCAAUACACAGAGUGACUUCCUUGUCAUCUGCAAUGUGGCAAAGAUUUUGGAACUGGUGGUUCCAUUGAUGGAGCAUCCAAGUGAGACCUUCUUGGCCACAAUAGAGGAAGACCUCAUGAAGCUUAUCCUCAAGCAUGGAAUGACGGUCGUUCAGCAUUGUGUCAGCUGUCUGGGAGCUGUAGUGAACAGAGUAACUCACAACUACAAGUUUGUCUGGGCCUGUUUCAAUAGGUAUUAUGGUGCUCUAACUAAGUUGAAGGCACAGCAUCAGGAGGAUUUCAACAGCACCACCCUGGUCGGCAAUAAACCCGCUCUCCUCCGCUCCCUUUUUACUGUUGGUGCACUCUGCCGUCAUUUUGAUUUUGAUCAGGAAGAAUUUAAAGGCAACACUAAGGUGAUUAUUAAAGAAAAGGUGCUUGAACUUCUGCUCUACUUCACUAAACACGAAGACGAAGAGGUUCAGACCAAAGCAAUCAUAGGCUUGGGUUUUGUUUUCAUUCAACAUCCGGAUCUGAUGUUUGAACACGAUGUGAAGAAUUUGUACAACAAUAUUCUUCGAGACAAGGAAGCCUCGAUUGGGCUGAAGAUCCAGGUCUUGAAGAAUCUUCAGACGUAUUUGCAGGAGGAAGAUUGCCGCAUGCAGCAAGCAGAUAAAGAUUGGAAGAAAGUGGCCAAACAGGAAGAUCUCAAGGAAAUGGGUGACAUUUCCUCAGGAAUGAGCAGUUCCAUCAUGCAGCUCUACCUCAAACAGGUUCUGGAAGCAUUUUUCCACACCCAUUCUCCAGUUCGUCAUUUUGCACUUAAUGUCAUUGCUUUGACGCUAAACCAGGGCUUGGUCCACCCUGUUCAAUGUGUGCCAUACCUGAUUGCCAUUGGAACAGAUCCCGAAUCUGCCAUGCGUAACAAAUCGGAUCAACAGCUGGUGGAAAUAGAUAAAAAGUACACUGGAUUUGUACAUAUGAAAGCAGUGGCAGGGAUGAAGAUGUCAUACCAACUUCAACUAUCCAUCCACUCUGAUAUAAAGGAAAUAAUCCGUGGCAGCAGACAUGAGGAGAGUGUGACUGCUUUGUGUUCACAUCUCUACAGCAUGAUCCGAGGAAACCGACAACAUCGACGCGCCUUCCUCAUCGCCUUACUCAACUUAUUCGAUGACAGUGCAAAAACGGAGGUGAACCUGCUGCUGUACAUUGCCGACAACAUGGCCUGCUUCCCAUUCCAGACACAGGAGGAGCCUCUGUUCAUCAUGCAUCACAUUGACAUCACACUCUCAGUCUCUGGGAGUAAUCUGCUGCAGUCCUUCAGGGAGUCUCUAUUGAAAGAACCGUUGCUGAAGGAAAGAGUGUUGACACAUUCGGAAGACAGCGGGAGUGAGGAUGAGUCACAGCGGCCCCGCAAGUGUCGGAAAAGGUUCAACUCGGACUCGAGUGAUGAUGAGGAUGAUCUGGAAGACGUGCUGUCGCGGCUGCCUCCUGACUCAACCCCUCUCCUCGAGUUUGUCAAUGCCUCUCAGGGAAUUCUGCUGUUGCUGGUCCUGAAGCAACACCUGAAGAAUCUUUACGGCUUCUCUGACAGUAAAAUCCAAAAGUAUUCGCCAUCUGAAUCUGCAAAAGUGUACGACAAGGCGGUGAACAGGAAAUCUGGAGUGCACUUUAACCCCAGGCAGACGCUGGAUUUCCUAAGGAAUGGCGUGGGACAUGCAGAGAUCACCGACUUAGUCAAGAGGAGUAUCGUCAAACAAUACGUAGAUUUCAAGACGCUGAUGGAACACCUGGAUCCUGAUGAGGAGGACGAGGACGGGGAGGUGUCUGCGAGCAUGGCUGCCCGAAACAAGGCCAUCAACGCGCUGCUGGGGGGCGCCAGCCCCAAAAAUAACGCAGAGACCGACGAUGAGGACAGUGACGGCGAUGACAGAGUGGGGGGAGGCAUUGCAGGGGCCACCAGAAGAUCAAAGCGACUGUCAGACGCGGGGGAUCUGGGUGCCCAGUUGCACGAGGCGGUGGAUGUGAUGGACGUGAUAGCCAUUUGCUGCCCCAAGUAUAAAGACCGGCCUCAGAUUGCCCGAGUUGUGGAGAAGACCAGCAAUGGGUUCAGUGUACAUUGGAUGGCUGGUUCAUACAGCGGCUCUUGGACAGAGGCCAAACGCAGAGAGGGUCGCAAGCUGGUGCCUUGGGUUGACAGUAUCAAAGAGACGGACAUCAUUUACAAGAAAAUAGCCCUGACAAGUGCAAAUAAGCUGACUAACAAAGUUGUUCAGACUCUGCGAUCUCUGUAUGCAGCAAAGGAAGGCUCUUCCUGCUAACACAACUAACACUGCAGCCAAACACAGCAGUGACAAGAAGAAUCUUGGGGCUAAACGACCACAUUCUGGCAACACUUACAAAUCAGAUGGUUUCACAGUUGGAGUAACUCUGUACUGAAAUCCGCGGAUGGAGACAGUUGGAGACAGGCGAAGGGAAGGAGCGAUUGUCAGAUACCAUUUCCGUGGGAGCUUCCUUCGCUGUUGUACAGCCAAAUCUUCUCGAUUGAUUUUAAACUCCCACUGUAUUAUAGUUUAACAAAACAAAAAUUGUUUAUAUCUUGGAAAAAGAAUUCUGUUUAAAAAUAAAAGUUAAGUGAAUGUUGGAAUUUAGUCUGUUAAUGUUCUUAAUAAAGUGUUCUUGGAGUUGAACCUAGCAGCAAUGGCUUUCUUUAGUGUAGAAGUUCCAGAGAGAAGUUAUUUUACAGGAUGUACAAUGCCAGACUGUGCUGGAUAUAAUUUAUUCUAAUGAAAGCAUGCAGUAUCUGACCUACACAGGAGGAGAUUUUAUUUGAUUUUUUUUUGUUUUGUAAAUGUAGAUUUUAAAUGUAUUAGGGUCACUCGGGCAAACAAGAAAAAGGGAUCCCCAGCAUCAACAACUGGCGGAACAAAUACUGCAAUAAAUUUUUUACCUCUCUUUGUUAC